AUGUCGAUCUACGUUGAUAGGAUGAACCUCAUGUUGAUCUUUUGCACAUGCACUAUUGAUUCUCCUUUGCCUGUUUCAUCGCGUGUCUGUUUUGUAAAGUUCCACGAUCCCGACUCGGCAGUCGUGGCCCAGCAUCUGACAAACACUGUGUUCGUUGACAGAGCCUUGAUAGUCGUACCCUAUGCAGAAGGAGUUAUUCCUGAUGAGACUAAGGCUUUGUCUCUCUUGGCACCAGCUAAUGCUGUGGCAGGUCUGCUGCCUGGAGGUGGACUCCUGCCCACUCCCAACCCACUUUCUCAGAUUGGUGCUGUUCCUUUAGCUGCUUUAGGAGCUCCUGCUCUUGAUCCUGCCCUAGCUGCUCUUGGGCUUCCUGGAGCAAACUUAAACUCUCAGUCUCUCGCAGCAGAUCAGCUCCUAAAACUGAUGAGCACAGUGGAUCCAAAGUUGAACCAUGUAGCUGCAGGUCUUGUUUCACCAAGUCUGAAAUCAGAUACCUCCAGUAAAGAAAUAGAAGAAGCUAUGAAAAGAGUACGAGAAGCACAGUCCUUAAUUUCUGCUGCUAUAGAGCCAGACAAAAAAGAUGAAAAACGAAGGCAUUCAAGGUCAAGAUCACGCUCAAGGAGGAGGAGGACACCUUCUUCAUCUAGACACAGACGGUCCAGAAGCAGGUCAAGGAGAAGGUCCCAUUCCAAAUCGAGAAGCAGGAGGCGAUCGAAAAGUCCAAGGCGAAGAAGAUCUCAUUCCAGAGAGAGAAGCAGAAGGUCUAGGAGCACAUCCAAAACCAGGGAUAAAAAGAAGGAAGAGAAAGAAAAGAAACGUUCCAAAACUCCCCCCAAAAGCUACAGCACAACCAGACGAUCAAGAAGCACAAGCAGAGAAAGACGACGCAGGAGAAGCAGGAGUGGGUCCCGGUCACCCAAGAAGCCCAGGUCUCCUAAAAGGAAAGUGUCCAGGUCCCCAUCUCCACGGAGACAUAAAAAGGAGAAGAAGAAGGAUAAAGACAAGGAGAGAAGCAGAGAUGAGAGGGAGCGGUCAACAAGCAAGAAGAAAAAGAGCAAAGACAAGGAGAAGGAUCGGGAACGGAAAUCGGAGAGCGAUAAGGAUGUGAAAGUCACAAGGGAUUAUGAUGAAGAAGAACAAGGAUACGACAGCGAGAAGGAGAAGAAGGAAGAGAAGAAAGCGGCAGAUUCUUCCUCCCCUAAAGCGAAGGAGUCCGGGGCUGAGAAGGGAGGCGGAGAUUCAGCAAGGGAAUCCAAGGUGAACGGGGAUGACCACCACGAGGAGGACAUGGACAUGAGUGACUGAGCUUGGCCUUUGCAGUGAACACAGCUGCAGACGUGCAUCAGUGUCAUUCCUGUGUGAUUCUUUUAUGCUGUACUUGUUAAUCCUAAAUCUAGAUGUAUACAGCUCUGAGCUAUACCUGGUUUGUAAAUCUCCUGAUACUAACUCGCCUCCAAAGCUUUCUAGAAAGGUAACCAUCCUGUUCUGGCCCACAGGGAUUGCCAGCCCAGCAACUCUGACUAACUUGGUGAUGCUUCAAGCAAAAAAAAAGCUGCAUGCAUCUACAGCAGGCAUGGACUGUUUGUUGUAUGAUCUCCUGUAGUCAAUCAGCUCACUUAUGAUAGUGUUUCUAGAGUUUGAUUCAUUGCAGUACUAGAGCAGUAUAGGAAUGCACUGACUGCAUGUUGGUCGUGGCAGAAACAUCCCACAUGUCCUACACUCUACCAGAUGUGGUGGAGCUACUUAAGGGUCUUAAGUGUGACUACACAAACAA